AGUAUUGGCGGUGCACGGGCGACGGAGAGGGCGGGCAGGAGGCGGUGCUACUGGAGCCGGGGCAGGACGUGGGUCGGGAGCGGCUGUGAGGACAUGGCGGAGAGCAUUAUAAUCCGUGUGCAGUCCCCAGAUGGAGUGAAACGUAUCACAGCAACAAAACGGGAGACUGCUGCAACAUUUUUGAAAAAGGUUGCAAAAGAAUUUGGUUUCAGGAAUAAUGGAUUUUCUGUGUACAUCAAUAGAAACAGGACUGGUGAGAUUACAUCCUCUCCCAAUAAGUCUCUGAACCUACUAAAAAUCAAACAUGGGGAUAUGCUGUUCCUUUUUCCUUCAACUCCAGCUGGUUCUUCCUCUGAGAACAUGGACAUCUCAGUUUCUCAAGGUGCACGCCAAAUCAGUGCUCCCCAGGUCAUAGAAGAUGAAAUUGAUCAGUAUUUAAUAAAACAAGAUGGGAAGAUUUACAGAAACCGAGACCAGCAACUAUGUCGACAUAGCCCAUUGGGUAAAUGUGUGCACUGUGUACCAUUAGAGCCUUUUGAUGAGGAUUAUUUAAACCAUCUGGAGCCUCCUGUGAAGCAUAUGUCAUUCCAUGCCUACAUCAGGAAACUGACCGGAGGGGCAGACAAGGGAAAGUUUGUUGCCCUUGAAAAUAUCAGCUGCAAGAUUAAAUCUGGAUGUGAGGGACAUCCCCCAUGGCCAGAAGGCAUUUGUACCAAGUGCCAACCAAGCGCCAUCACACUCAACAGGCAGAAAUACAGGCACGUGGAUAACAUCAUGUUUGAGAACCAUACAAUUGCAGAUCGCUUCUUGGACUUCUGGAGGAAGACCGGAAACCAGCAUUUUGGAUACUUAUAUGGGAGAUAUACAGAACACAAAGACAUCCCUCUGGGUAUCCGAGCUGAAGUUGCUGCCAUCUAUGAACCUCCUCAGAUUGGUACGCAAAACAGUUUGGAACUCCUGGAAGACUCAAAAGCAGAGAUUGUGGAUGAGAUUGCUGCCAAGCUUGGCCUGAGAAAGGUUGGCUGGAUAUUCACUGAUCUGGUCUCCGAGGACACACGGAAGGGGACUGUCCGGUACAGCCGGAACAAGGACGCAUAUUUUCUAAGUGCAGAAGAGUGCAUCACAGCUGGGCAUUUUCAGAAUCAGCAUCCCAACAUAUGCCGCCUUUCUCCAGAUGGUCACUUUGGAUCUAAGUUUGUCACUGUGGUGGCUACAGGGGGCCCUGAUAACCAAGUCCACUUUGAGGGCUACCAGGUAUCUAACCAGUGCAUGGCUCUAGUGCGCGAUGAGUGCCUGUUGCCGUGCCGUGAUGCUCCAGAACUUGGCUAUGCAAAGGAAUCCAGCAGUGAACAAUAUGUGCCUGAUGUCUUCUAUAAGGAUAUAGACAAAUUUGGCAAUGAGAUCACUCAGCUAGCUCGUCCUCUUCCUGUUGAAUACCUAAUCAUAGAUAUUACUACCACGUUCCCCAAAGAUCCAGUUUAUACAUUUUCUAUCUCUCAAAAUCCAUUCCCUAUUGAGAAUCGUGAUGUGUUGGGAGAAACUCAGGACUUUCAUAGUCUGGCUACAUAUUUGUCCCAGAACACCUCCGCUGUGUUUCUUGACAUCAUCUCUGAUUUCCAUCUGCUCCUGUUCUUGGUCACCAAUGAAGUGAUGCCCUUGAGGGAUAGCAUCAGCUUGUUGCUGGAUGCAGUAAGGACCCGAAAUGAAGAGCUUGCACAGACUUGGAAGAAAUCUGAGCAGUGGGCCACCAUUGAGCAACUGUGCAGCACCGUUGGCGUUCAGCUGCCAGGACUCCAAGAGUAUGGUGCCAUGGGCGGCUCAACACAUGCAGCAACCUCUUCCAUGUGGGCCUGUCAGCACUGCACCUUCAUGAACCAGCCAGGCACAGAUCACUGCGAGAUGUGUAGCCUCCCUCGUAGCUAGGCCCCAUUUGGCUUGGCAUUCAGGGCGGCCAUUAAAGACCAGCUGGCAGAAAUACAGAGGCAAACCCUUAGCCAGGCAGGACUGUUCUUCCUCCUGGGAUGAUGCACCAUGCGGGGCGGGGCAGAAUGGGCAAGUGGGGGAGCGACCCCUAUCACAAGCACUCAGUGCCAUUCCGAGGGUGGUAGCUUGCAGGUGGAUCUGGAAAUCCCUGGGGAGAAGAUGACAACAGCCCUUCCACUGCUGCUGCCUUGUCUUUUUGUUGCUCUCAGUAUUGCAGAAAGCCAGAGGUCAUGUUUCCCUUGAGCUGCAGUUGCACGGGUGGCUCAUCAGCUCUAUGGGCACAUGGCAGUGUGGCCAUGCCCCCGUUAGCUUGCAUGAUACAAGCUUCCCCAGCCUUAAAUCAGUCAGUGAGGCUAGGCAGCAGUGUUGAAGGGAUGACUCGGUCCCCCAGGGCUGGCUUGCCUAAUGUUGCUGUCUUGACAUGCUUUGCAUUUAGCCCCAGAGUUACUGGGUCAGUGGUGCCUGAGUCACUGCAGUCUGCCCUCCUAAUUAUAGCUUCCAAAUUGAGUGACCUGCAAGGACAGCAUAUGCAGUGGUCUUAGAGCCACUGGCUAAGCCCCAAAGCACCUUGGUGCUAGAAAGAAGAGAAAGCAACCUUCUCAAGUUGGUUACGGGUGUCUCUGGUUCCCUGUUGACCUAUUCCUUGUCCAGCUCAGCCUUAACAAUGUCAAAUUAAAGCGCUUUGUUGACUGCUUUUCCCUGAUGCUUCACAUCUAAGCAACAGGAAGAGUCAGUCUCACCCAAAUCAAGCAUAGUGGGGAACAGAUAGCUUCCUGCUCUGGAAGCGAACACCAUCUCGGACAACAUAAUCUGAGCUGUGUCUGCAUUGGGCAGGCAAGGUUCAUAAGCAACUCCUUGCCUUGGUUCUCCACAUGCCAUCUUCCCUUUAUGUUUGAAGUUGUUUCCUGAUAUCUGUACCUGUGAAGAGGCAAGACUUGCAACUACCUUCCUCUUGCCUAUUAAUAACUUGAAUAUCAUCCCAGCAGGGCAAAGCUAAAGGUGACAUUUGUAUCUUGGAGCUUUGUCUUACUCCACCAUGAACCAGGAACGGUGCAACUGAUGCAUCCAAAACAUUUCUUUCCUCGAGAAGUCAGAUUUGCCCACUGUCCACAUAAACACUUUAGCAGUGUCCUUAAGCUCUUUAUUUCUCAAAUGUGUGAGGUCCUCCAUUCCCAGCUGUUCAGAGAUGUGCUUUCACAAUCCAAAUCUUCCCUAGCAUCUCGGCCGGCAGUUUUAGGGUGUGGCUGGUUCUUUUGUUCAGCAGGAGAUCUCCAUGGCUGACCUAUUGUCACCAAGGUACUUUUUUUGUCAGCUUUAUUACAGAGAAACAAGGAAGGUAUUUACAUCAUCUGUUGAGUUAUUGGACAGAAAGCGUUGUGUUUUAGACCUUCCUCCAUUUUUUUUUUAUCACCACAGCAAAAUGUGCCCCCAAACCCCGGUCCUCAUUAUGGGCAUGUAGGCCUGGCACCCAGACAGCUGCCAUGAGGGAUGUGGUCUCUCUAUUUUCCAUGGCAGAAGUAUCGUGGGCUUUGUUGGCCAAGUGUUUGGAAACACUUCAUUUGGUCCUAGUUAUUGCUGAUAGGACAUGUGACAUGGGUUUGUGUUUUGACUAGAUUUCUUAAACUCACUGGGCUGUGGCCGCUCUCGCUAUUCCUCUUCAUUCUAUGGGUUGCAGAGGUAUGUGAUUGGACUGGAGUUAACUGAAUACAGCCCUGCAAAUAAAAUCUAUUACAAGCAUCUAAAAUGGCAGCCUCCG